AUGGGAAGAAUUGAUAUUAUUGCUAUUGAUGGCAGCCCACAAUCACGUUAUGCAUUUGACUGGUACUUGGAGAACUUGUACAGAGAGGGCAACACUGUGGUGUUGGCUCAUGUUGUGGAGUAUGGCAUUAACAUUGGACUACCUGGCAUCGCAGCAGACGUUGAGGGAAUAUGUGCGGCUGUGAAGAGGAAAAAUGACGAGGUCGAGGCAAUGAGUGAGGAGUUUAUGAGUAUCCUCAGAGCCAAAACUAUUCCUGCCAAACGUUUGAUACUGAACGGGAACAGGCCUGGAGAGGAAAUCGUGAAAGCGGCAGCUGAUGAAGGAGCAGAACUAAUCAUCAUGGGCACUCGUGGCCUGGGCAAGAUCAGGCGCACUUUUCUGGGCAGUGUCAGUGAACAUGUAAUACAUCACGCCCACUGUCCGGUGACAAUUGUUCGCCAGAGUGAGAAACCCUCACCAUAA